AUGACCGCAGCAAGGCCGCGGUUCCCUGCCCAGUGCACGAUCUCCUCACAACUUGCCAUCGAUCGGAGUGCCUUCGUGCGCGUGCUCGCGGAAAUCGGCAAACUAGUCGAUGGGAUCUUGACCCGCAUCUUCCCGCUGGGCACGCUGUGCGCGGCGGAACAGUACUUGGUGGAGAGCAACAUGCAAGAGCUCGACGCGCAUGAGGACUCCUCCGUCGGCGAAGGGUGGCAGGAGAUCCAACGCCUGCACCUGGGGCUGCUCUACCACACGAUGCGCAUGCUCAUCCACCGGCCAAUGGUCGUGUUCACCACCUUCUUCGACUUGAACCGCGAGGCCCAGCAGCAUGCGCCGGGGGUCAUCCGAUUGCAAGAGUCGAUCGACAUCUCGAUGAGCUCGGCCUGCAACAUCAUCCGCUUCGCCCAGGAGAGCCUGGGUACGCGACAGCCAGACGCCCGCUCCGACAAAUCCCUCGCCAGCUAUUUGGUGGCCGCCUGCAUCACGCUGCUGUACCAGGUGCUUGACCCGGCCACCGCGAUCGCGUAUGCGAAAUAA